UGUUGUUUCGUAUAAUUAAUUCGUUAAUUAGGUUUAAGUUUGUGCGAUUACGAAAAAUCUGAUUUUUUUGCAUCGGACCAUCAUACGACCGGUGACGUAUAGUCGGAAGAUAACUAUACGUAAUUUCUUUUUAAACUUUUAAUUGAUAUUACUUUUAACACUCAUACAGUAUAUUACUAAACCCAGACUUUCUAAACUCAAGAGAAAUUAUCGCUAAUAUUUAUGUAACUAGCUAACGGCACAUAAAAUUAACAGUCGUGAAAAAUAAAAAUCAAGUUAUUAGUUUCGCAUGAAAUAUUAACCGUGAACUGCAUUGUUUCUCUAUUGCGCGUGUUUAACUACUAUUUCUCACGUUUUAUGCAUUAUUUUGUAAUGAUCUAGAUCUACAUUAAAAGUUAUACAACGAAACAUAUUGUUUACAUACCUGUGCAAUAGUAUCAAUGUCAAAAUCAAUAUUCAAUAAAAAAAGUUAGCGAUAUUGCCAGAUUGAUGACUUCCCAUAAAUUUGGGUCUAACUGUAAAUUUUGCAUGACAAAUGUGUGACGUAAAAACUUUUUUUGUGUCAUGAUUUAUUACCUAUUGUUUUGUUUAAUUCUAGUAAACGAUGCAACUGUUUAAGUUCUAAUAAAUAAUGCUUAGAAACAUUUACAUUUAGCUCAAAUUGUAUUAAUAUAUUUACUCUACUACUUAGUCACAUUGAGAUAAGGGAUGUACAAACAAGAUAUUGUUAUUUAUUUUAUUCAGUUUUAUCUUGUCUCCUAUCAGUCCUAGGUAUUGCAAUGUGAAAUAUUUACUAUGCAUAGUGUCACUGUGACGAAUUUUAUGAGCGUUAAAAGCGGCUGAAUAAUUUCCUGUAUGUCUGCUAUAAACAUGUUAUUUUCCAUAUCACUGGUAUAGUUAUUUUCUUAUUUUCACAACUAUUAAAUGCAGACAAUUUUUCCCCUAACCUUAUAUGGUAACUGUAGUUGCCUUAUUCUUUUAGGGUAUUUAUAGUCUUUACCUGGCAACACUAAAUGUCACGUCCGUCGUCUCGUCUGUCACAGUAAGCCGGUCUGAAAUACAAUUUUCCUCGUUAGCUAUUGAUUAUAUCUUCAUUAAUGUCUAUUACAAUUAAAAAUUUAUUAAUACAAGCUAGAAAUAGCUACAGAAGGUUCUUAGAAGCAAACAAAAACAGUUAUCGGAAACUUCAAAUGUGUGGUACGGAGGAGGAAAUGAGAGAGGUCGCAGCCAGGAUCUGCAGGAACUACCUCCACGGCUCCUGGAAGACUGUAGACCCUAAGGAGUUGGACUUCAAGAGAAUCAACGGAGGCCUCUCAAACUUCCUCUACUACGUGGCUCUACCGGAAGACGUCUCCAAACUCGGCGGCUACGUCCAACGAGAGAGUUCUCCCGACACUGAAGACCCGAGCAAGAUCAGCGUCAUCAAGAAAAGCUGUUCCGUCACUUACUGCGCCAUCGAGGAACCCAAGAAGGUAUUACUCCGGAUCUACGGCCAAGUGCACGGCGAGCGAGCGAUGGACGCGAUAGUAACUGAAUCUGUCGUUUUCACCCUUCUGUCGGAGAGGCGACUCGGACCAAAACUGCAUGGGGUUUUCUCUGGAGGAAGAAUUGAAGAAUAUAUACCUGCUCGCCCCCUCCUCACCCAAGAGCUGGCCGACCCCGCCUUAUCAAUGAAGAUCGCGGAGAAGAUGGCAGCCAUCCACUCUAUGGAUGUCCCUCUCAACAAGGAACCCAACUACAUUUGGAAGACCAUGGGGAAGUGGCUGAAGACUGUCAAGGAGGAACGGCUUGCUGGAGCUACGCAGGGGAAGAACGAGCAAGAAGAGCGUAUGAUCAAGACGUUGAAAGCUGUAGACUUUGAUAAGGAGAUUGAGUGGCUGAAGAAAUUCCUCGCUACAUUGGAGUCACCCGUCGUUUUCUGUCACAAUGACAUGCAAGAAGGCAACAUCCUACUUCUAGAAGAUUCAGCGCAGACGACAAACGAUGAAGACCUGUCUUCUCUAUUCCUGCCCUCCUACGAUUCAGACCCAGACAAAAAGGAUCCCUACGAAAUAUCCCAAUUUGAUGACGCCAACACCUCAGACACCAUUAUAAGCAGAACUUCAGACAUUGGCGAACCGAAACUGGUCUUCAUAGAUUUUGAGUACUGCGCGUACAAUUACAGGGGUUUCGAUAUAGCCAAUCAUUUCCAAGAAUGGGCCUACGAUUAUACGAAUCCUGAACACCCGUUCUAUUUUGAGAAUCAAGAUUUUUGCCCGAAUUUGGAGCAGAAGGAGAUCUUCAUAAAGCAAUACUUGAAGCACUACUCGCCGAACACCCAGGACGAGAGGAAGCCGGAAGCCUCCCUGGACGACGUGAACAAGCUGCUGGACGAGGUGGAGGCCUUCGCCUGCGCCAGCCACCUGUUCUGGACGCUCUGGUCUAUCGUCAACGCGUCCAAGAGUCAGAUACCCUUUGGAUACUGGGAAUACGCGAUAUCCAGACUAGAAACCUACCAGAGGGUCAAACAGGAAGCGAUCAAGAAGUCCCAAGGUCUGCCCCAGAAGCGGAAAAUCUGCGAAGUCGACAUAUGAGAUGAAGUCCGAGACCUCGCGCUGUAGGGGACCCCCAGCGGCGACGGACCCCACAGGUCCAGCGGUGGGCUUGCAAGUCCAAAAACGGACCGUGACUGAGUGAACUGUGAAUAUAAAAGUCCGAUUUUUCAGGAAUUGUGAUGUAUCUUUCAAAGUCGUUCGACUUUGAGGACUGUGUGGACCCGAGUCCUAUGUAGCAUGUAAACGCGGAGGUCCGGUGUCGAUGCCGUGUUAAGUCCAUUCCGAUGUUGUUGUUUUUUUUUAUUUUUAUGUCCAGUCCAAAUUUUUUGGAUGUGUACUUAAUUUUUUGGGAUAAAUUUUCUAAGAGAUCUGAUGUAGGCAUAUCGUAGAGCUCAUCAAAAACGGUUUAGUGAUACUCGAAUAAGUACAAGACACCGGGCCGGGGCUGAAACGACUGAAAGUUUAAGACUAGGCGCACAAUAGGUUAUAAUAGUUGCCCAAUAGGUCGGACAGUUGCCCAAUAGGAUGAACAGUUAGACAAUAGUCCAUAGUUCCGUACUAGGGAUAUUACUGUCAACAUUCGUAUUUAUUGAAUUUACAUCCGUGAAAUCUGUGUUACGGAUGUUAAAAUCCGCUUCGUAUCUAGCUAAUUUAAUACUGUAUUUACCGGAUUUAAAUCAAAUGUUGCCAGAAUCAUGAAAUGAUUUUUUUAAAUUAUUUUUUUGCUAUUGUAUAUAAUUCAAAUCAUAGUUUAAGAUUGCCACUGUACAAAGUUAUUAAAUUAUUAAACAAUUUCUACAGUUCA